UCACCGUUCAUCGCCCUUUCCAUGCCGCCAUGAUAAUUUUCAAUAAACCACCCGGACCGCUGCUGCUAGCUCUUCAUGACCAAUAAUUACAUCCGCUACUAACUAGCCCUUAGAGCUGCCGCCUUAGGGCCGCCAUGACCUUGACGAGAAGAGAGGGUUCGUCAUCGGCGAGGACCAGUUCCACCGCGAGCUCCAGAUCCAUCGACACCAUCCAUGCGCCCGUCCCGACACAAGCUGUCAACGCCUCUUUGUUCCGCUCACCAUCUCGCAGUCGAACACCCAUUCAGCUCAAGAUAGCCAGGAAGGAAAAGCUCGAAAACGAAUCUCAGAUUUCUCCAACGCAACUCACUGGCCCGCUGUCCGCUGAUAGCACGACUUCGAAUGCAGCCUCGUUCGCAGCGAUCUCACUCCCGAAAGAACACCGAUUGAGCAACGACUUUGGCAACUACCGACGCGAGCUCUCCGUGCUCGACAAACCAGGCGGUCGCAUCCCCAGCGUACAACAUAAUCCGCCCUCGGCCGUCUCGCCACGCCAGUACAGUGCGCCGUGGAUGUCACCGUCGCAGAAUGGCGCGACGAUGCCGACAAGCGCGUUCGGGGCCAGCUUUUAUAAUGACUCGAGCGAUAACCAUUCCAUGAACUCGCAGUUGUCGCCGAGCAUGAGGCCCGGGACGCCAAGGACCUUUGGUGAUCCCGAGGCGGAGGUGGCGCCGGAUGAUGAGAGGAGGCCGUCGCUGGCUAGUGUCGCGACGUCGGGGAGCAAUGGGUCGAGGGGGAGUGUGGUUAGGACGGGGAUACAUAAGAAGUUACAGGGCUUCUUUGGAGAGGAGUAUUCGGGAAGGGAUGGUUCGGAUGCGAGCCUGCCGACACACCAGCAGGCUGGGAAGGAGCAGAGGACGAAUUCAUAUCCUAGGCAUAGGGAACGGAAACCCUCAUCCGCGGCGGAGGCCAGAGAUUCGUCUCCGGUGCCCAGCAGACCUCGAACUCCAGUACCCUCUAGCGACGUGGUGCCAUUCUUGUACCAGGAUUCAGUUGAUAUCUCGAGGUACGGCGAAGCGCCAGUUCGAACCAACCUCUCAGGUGUCGAUAGGGAACGCUACAUUGCAGAGGAACCACCCCAACCGCCACCGAAACCAUCGACUGCGCGAGCACAAGCUUCAGCUAAAGUUCACCGAGUCGUCCACGGCCACCGCCACAACAAGAGCGACGAAGCCAAAGCUGCUCGACCGUCGACUGCCAGGGAUGACAUGGCAUCCUCGGGGAGACCAAAAGAACGCCAGAACACGAGCACUGGUGCCUCGAGGCUGCAACCGCAGCCGCCAAAGCGCGCACCAAGUCCAACACCCAGCUACAUGAGCCAGAAUACGCUAGGCCAGUCUUCGACGGGAUCGACAAUAACAAUGCCGGGACAGACAAAGAAGCCGGGUAUCCUGUCGCGAUUUAGACGACCCAAGGACAAAGGGUCGAGUAUAUUAAAUCAUCCGCCUGGUUCCGUGAGAUCUUUCGGAGGGCAGGGCGGCGAACCACAACCACAAGCACCUUAUGAACCGCCGCCUAUGGACACCUAUGGUCGAGGCGAAGGCAGUCUUGGAUACGCUACAAAUCAAGAGCCUCCUUUGCCAUCGGUAGGGAAUGGUAGCGGUAGCGCCAUGCCGAGUAGUCGCCCAUCUUCAUCACGGCACGGGUCGCGACAAGCGGCGUUUGGGAGGCUGCCUUUUUCCAAGAAAGCGAAGAGAAACCGGAUCCAAGAGGAGCUCCAUGAAGCUGCUGCCCAGAGAGAACGGAAGCGCACAGAGAUGAACUCGAAUGUCUUCAAUUUCGACUCUGACUUGACGAAUAUGGAGGGGAUAUUGCAGAAACCGCCGUCGCACGAGCCGCUGGAAAGCGCAAUGCAAGGCAGGGAGCCGGAGGAGGUGAAGGUGCCGGACUCGGGUGGAGGGCUGCUUGGGUGGAACGCUCCGGAUAGUUGGGCAGUUAAGAAGGUCUCGGAUUUGAACAUGACGGGCCCUGAAGCCGAUGAGACCGCUAUGCCGCGGAAGUUUGAGAAGUCGCAACACCCGUACUGUAUACGGAUUUUUAAAGCGGAUGGGACGUUUGCUACGUUGUCUGUGGACCCGACUGCUACCGUUGCGGAUGUCAUUACUCAGUUUGGGAGGAAGACACAUAUUACGGACAGUCUUGACAACUACCAAAUCAUCAUGAAGAAGCAUGCUUUACAGCGAAUUCUUGGCGCGGCCGAAAGGCCAGCUAUUAUCCAGAAGCAACUUUUGGAGCAAGCGGGAUACGAAGAGAAGGAUGACAUUGAGGAUCUUGGCAGGGAGGACCAAACAUACCUUUGUCGAUUCCUCUUUAUACCGCAGCGCGACAGUGGAUAUGCCGCCAUAUCUCAGGAUCUGGGCUUGAACAAAUCCCAAAAGUUCAGUCAUGUUGACUUAUCGGGACGCAACCUCAUCACCAUCCCCAUCGUGCUCUAUUCCAAAGCGACAGAAAUCAUAUCACUUAAUCUCUCCCGAAACCUUUCGCUUAGACUCCCCAAGGACUUCAUACAGUCGUGUAUUAACCUGCGCGACAUAAAGUAUGUCAACAACGAGGCACACAAACUGCCACAAAGUCUUGGGAGAGCCAGCCGACUCACAAUUUUGGACGUUUCCAACAACAGGUUGGAACAGUUGGAGCACGCGGAGCUGGACUGUCUGGGAGGGUUGAUAAGUUUGAAGCUCGCAAACAACCGGCUGACACACCUCCCGCCGUACUUUGCCAUUUUCAAACAGCUCCGGACACUGAAUGUGUCGUCAAACUUUCUGGAAUCGUUUCCUGAGUUCUUGUGCGACCUCCCUGGGCUCGUGGAUCUGGACAUGAGCUUCAAUGCGGUUGACAAGCUGCCCAACGCGAUUGGGAGGCUCACUAACUUGGAACGUUUCGUUAUUACAAACAAUCGUCUGUCCGGUUCACUGCCAGACACGUUUUCUCAGCUAUGCGGCCUCAAGGAGGUUGAUGUUCGGUACAAUGCUCUAUCGAGUAUUGAUGUUAUAGCUGCCCUCCCAAUGGUUGAGCAGAUUUCUGCCGAUCACAACUCCGUCUCUGUGUUCGAAGGGAGCUUCGAUAAGAUUCGAAUCCUCCGCCUGAACUCAAAUCCCGUCACAAGAUUUGAGAUAAAAAACCGCGUCCCGGCGCUGACAACGCUUUUUCUAUCAAACGCCAAACUGGCACACAUCGCAGAUGGGUCGUUUGAGAGGAUGCCAAACUUGGUUAAGCUGGUGCUUGACAAGAACCAUUUCGUGUCUCUGCCGAGGCAUAUUGGGAAGCUCCGAAACCUAGAGCAUUUCAGUAUCGCGAGAAACGCACUGAACAGUCUUCCCCCAGAGAUUGGCUGCCUAACCGAACUCCGAAUCUUGGACGUCUCCCAGAACAACCUCAAGAAGCUCCCCCAAGAGAUCUGGUGGGCCAGCAAGCUGGAAACCCUCAACAUCUCCGCCAACGUGCUCGCGCACUUCCCCAAACCCAGCUCUCGCCCGCCGCAAGUCCCAACGGACGCUCCUUCAACAUCUGACCGACAGGGAUCGUUUUCCCAGAGCAGCAUGCAGACCAGCUCGGGGAAUGCGAGUCGUGAGGAGCUAGGGCCGCUUGAGGGGUUUGGACAGCGCAGACCGAGUCAGACUUUGGGGGGGCUGCUGGCGGUGGGGAGCUCGCCUGCUCAGGGCCCCGGGGGGGGGGUAGGAGUGACUCUAUUAUAUCUAUUUAUGGGAAGGGUGGGCGCCAGGCGGCGGUGGUGUCGAGGGCUGGGUCUUUGA